CAGGAGAGCGAGUGCGAGGCACGCCGCGCGGAGCUGCGGGCGCUGCGGGAGGACGGCCGCGGCCUCGCGCGGCUGCAGCUGGAGGCGCAACAGGGCGUGGAGCAGCUGCAGCGGCAGCAGCGCCGCCAGUCCGCCCGCCGCCACCGGCGGCGCCAGCUGGUGUGCGGGACGCACGCGCUCGCCAUGCGGCACGUCAUCGAGGCGCGGUCGGCCCUGCACCUGCUGCGGGCGGAGGCCGAGCGCGAGGCCGAGCGGCUGAAGGCGGGCUGCGAGGCCCGUGCGCGCGAGUUCCUGCAGCGGGUCGAGCACCACAGGGCCGAGCAGCUCGCGGCGGACGCCCAGGCCGAGGAGCGAUGCGCGGAGCUGCGGAGGCAGGUCGACCGCGCCUCCCGCGGCCUCGAGGUGAGCCAGCACGGCCUCGACGAGCUGCGCGCCCAGGCAAGCCCGUCCCCACGGAGGCGGAGGAGGAGGAAGAAGAAGAUGAAGAGCUCGCGCGCCGCGCCGCGCUGCCGGUGGCCGCCGCCCUCGCGGCCUUCCCGGCCGACGCCGCGCUGCGCGCCGCGGCCGGCGAGCUGCGCGAC